AUGAUUACUGUGUGGUGGGAGAUGAGCUGCUGCUAACUGGAGAUUGCAGAGACCAUGGAGCCUCUGUCCUCCGGUACCUACAACUCUCUGCACUGUGUCUGAAAGCUGUGACUGCCCCCGCACGCCUUUAUCCUGGGUCUGGCACUUGGUUCUGCGUCACUUACCUUGGGCUCGAACUCUAGUCUCCCAGGCAAAGUGACACAUCUGGUGAGGACAAGGCCAUGAGUGAGCAGAGGGAGGAGAACUACAGUUGGGACCCACCAGGAUCAGAUCUAGAUGAUGAUUGUGAGGCACCUUACACAGAAGCCUAUGGGUUUAUGAACGGGCAUUUGGAUGUAGACGGUGCCUCAUGCUACCUUCAGCAGAGUGGUGUACUGCUCCAGUGCCAUGAUGACAGCUUCCAGUGCGGACAAGAAGAGGAGAGUGAGGAAAGCAUGUUCGAGAUUGACAAAAAAGAGAGCAGCACACCCAUAAGUUCUCCAAUAAAACCAGGAUCAAGUAGCAAAGGUGCCAGAAAGCUCAGCAACAUCAUCGCUCACCUUCAGAACUUGGCCAACGAAAGGGAGUCCACGCGCCGAGAAUCGGAGGUGGAAGAGGUAACGUUUCCAAUUGGAGAGAGUUCAUACACAUUUGACAAUGGGGAUAUAGCUUUCCAGGAGCAUGGAGAAGACCUUGUCUCUACUGGAGGCCGCUCCCAUUCCUCAGAGCAGCGUUUAAAGGCUUUUAAAGCUAUAAAAAUUCUGCAAGACACAGAUGCAAAAGACAAAAAAUAUAUUUGUGUGGAGUGUGGGAAAACUAGUCGUUAUAAGUCUGCUUAUCUAAGACACAAGCGAACACACACAGGGGAGAAACCGUUUAGCUGCCCUGAGUGUGGUAAAUGCUUCCGUAGAAGCUCCCAGCUGGUGACACAUCAAAGAAUUCACACCGGAGAAAAGCCCUACACCUGCAUGCGCUGUGGAAAAAGCUUCAGCUGCAACUCCACACUUGUCACUCACCAGAGAACCCACACAGGAGAGAAACCGUAUACAUGUUUCGAGUGUGGAAAGGGCUUUAUCCACAGUUCUGACUACAACCGGCACCACCGUGUCCACAGAGGGGAAAAGCGGUAUACCUGCAAGGAUUGCGGAAAGAGUUUUAGCCAGAGCUCCUACCUGGUCAUCCACCAGCGUAUCCACACUGGGGAAAAGCCCUUUGUGUGCAACGAGUGUGGGAAGUGUUUUAGCCGCAACUCCUCAUUGGUUACGCACCAAAGGGUCCAUACAGGGGAGAGGCCAUACACAUGUGCUGAAUGUGGGAAGAGCUUCCGUCAAAGCUCCCAUCUCCUAAUACACCAGAGAACCCACACACCGGUCAGCCACCUUGCGCUUCAUACUAUGAUGUGAGCAUGGACCAGUAUUACUGGCCUCUCCUGUGGGGUCACUGGCAUACUGAACGCUCCCUUCCAAAGAUAAUCAGUAUAUAUGACUAAAGAGAUCACAGCAAAGCUCCCGCACCAAAGGCCUAAUGCACUGCCCCACCUGCAUGGCGGGAACAAAUGUCUUGGUGCUAGCGGAGACAUACAGUGACUGCCAUUUUGUUUCUUGUAGUGUACUAACUUUUCAGGUCAAGCCAUGUCGCCUGUUGGCAUCUCAAGCACCCCCUGUCAUCCUCUUGUAUGUUUCUGGAUCCAAGCACCAGUGUCGCACUGUCUGUUUAUACAUUACAAUCACUAGAUUUGAAAUUUGCCCUUUUCCCAUCUUACUCAGAAAUGCAAGUGGCGUAAUUGACCGCUCGCUCAGUAGUGAUAGGUCCAUGUAUCUCUGAUUGCAUGCCUUUACCUCCAAUCAUGAGCUGUUUACUGUAAACUGUAUGAUUGUUAUUUUAGUUCAGUUUAUUUUAAAGUUUGUAAAUGGGAAAUCUGUAUCUGUGUGGUGUUUGUUUGGCAGUAUUGUAAGGUAGCUCUGCUGAUUAUACUUAUAGAGCUAACCACUCAUAAAACCGGAAUGUUGCUUGACAUGUUGAAUCGUCCUGACCAGAUAUGAAUCCUUUACUUUUGCUGAAAUAAAACCUAAAGGUGUGAGAAUAGGCAAAACUUUAUGUAUAUAAUUUGCAAUGGUCCUCAGCAGUGUUGUUCUGUUUCUAGGUGCUGAGCAAUGAAUGGCGGUCUUUACUGCCCUAAUAUCUCAUCAUCAUAAGGACCCAUGGGCUGCUUUUGUUUUCCCUGAUACAGAUACCUGUAAAUGCAAGCACAAUACAGGGACAAUCUAUAUGAGGCACACACUCCUGGCCUAGCUGCUCAUACACUUUUCAAAACCUUUAUAUGAGAUCUUAACAUCCUGCCCACAUAGGGUUUGUGUGUGUGUUUUAUGUUUGCCCUGUAUUAUGAGCCAGUGUGUCCUUUUCUAUUAAAGCACUUUUUCAUUGGCUAUAA